AGGCUCCUUCGUGGGUGCGGAUGCCGGAGGCCCUGGUCUUGUUCUAUCCAGUCCUGAACUUCUGCCUGACGCCCUCCCCCUCCCGCUCGGUCCACAUGGCCGACCCCCUCCUCCCCCUCGGCCUCUUCACCGCCGUGGCCGACGCCUACCUGCCCUCCCUCACGACGGACCCCUCCCGGGACCCGCUCAUUUCCCCCUACUUCGCCCACGAUAAGCUCCUCAGUCGCUUUCCCCCCACUUUUAUCGGUGUGGGCGGAUUCGACCCCCUUCUGGAUGACACGGUGGACUUCGACUGCCGUCUUCGCCACGUGGGCGUUCCCUCAACGCUCCGGCUUGGGCGGGACUUGCCCCACGGCUUCCUCGGUCUCUACGGGCUCGACAGGGCUGCUACUGCCAUCAUGGAGGAGGCAGGCCGCUUCCUUGCCAGAGAGGGAGGGGGGGAUGAGGGG